AUGCUCUAUAUUGUGUAUAGCCCGUAUGGAGUAUAUGGAUACGAUAAGCAAAAUAUGAAAAUAGAACAUUCAAUAGUGUCAAGUGGCACAAAGAGCCCCUUGAGUCCUCCUCAAUUUUAUGACCGCUCCUUGGGAGAACGUGCUGAAUUCAAAUGCUGCACGCUAACCAUUUUACCGUGUCCAAUAAAAGCGAGACGUCGAUCAACAGGGCGUUUCGCCAGACACUCGGACCAGCGCGUGGGCCGGCAUGUUACUUCAACGGGCCAAGCGCCUAGGUACUAA